GAAUUUGUUCUUUUUUUUAAGUGAAGAAAAUAUUCAAGAUUGCUCUCUCAUCUCUCUUCAGCUACUUGGUGUGCAGUCUGGAACUUCCUAGAAGAGUUUAAUUUAAUAAUAAUAAUAUAUUAUUAAUUAUCUCUGGAAUUUUUUUUUGUAAAAUCUAAAUCGAGUAUUUUUUUCUCAAGCAGUUGAUAAAGUUAUUGUAUUCAAAGCCAUACAGGCAGUAAUUGCAGCAAAACUUCUGUAGUUGUAACAUGUCGAUUUGGGCAAUUUAUGUUCUGCAAACUGGAUAGAGUUUAUUUAAGGGAUGUCAGAUUCGCGGAUUUACGAGUUAGAAGAUAUAGUGUGGGAAUUUUGUGACAAUGAUGACCAUAUAGUUCCUCACACAAGGAGCAAGAAGAGUGGGAUUUCUGUUCGGGGUGACUGCAAUAAGAGACCACAAUUAGAGCAAAAAAGUGCUGAAGGUUAUGCUGACAACAGAAGCGCCUCAUAUAACAUUCUGCGUGGACAGGAGGGAACUAUCUUUAACAUUGUGAAAAAAGAAAAGAAUAAAAUGUUAGAGAAGAGAGGAGGCUUUUCUGAUUCACUUGACGGAGAUUUAAAUGAAAAAAAUUCAUGUUCUGCAUCUGAAGAAGAUAGGACGUUUGAGCACUGCAUGAGAAAUAGCAAUAUAGAUCCCAUAAGUGAUAGUUUAUGUGCUGAUGAUCCUAUGCUCGAUCGGGUAGCUUCUGAGGACAACUUGUACCAAUAUCAGCUAAAUAAUGCAACUCCAACUGAAAGUGAUCUUGCUAUUUAUUGUAAUAAUCUUGAUGACAAAGAAAGCAAUGAUCUGCUGUACUAUGGAUGGAAUGAUAUAGAGAAUUUUGAAGAUGUCGACAGGAUGUUUAGAAGCUGUGAUUCGACUUUCGGUCUAGAUAUGGAUAAUAGUAAUGAAAUGGGCUGGUUUUCAUCUUCACAUGCAAUUGAAGGAUCCGAUGAUACAAAACUUAGCUUUGACACUUCCGGAUGUGGUACAAGUGGCCUAGAAAGUGCUACUGAACAAGAAAUUUAUGGGCUGAACAAUGUUUUGGCAACUGAUGAAAGUGAAAAGAAGGAAAAUUCACAGAACUUGACUGCAAAUGGAAAUUCUACGGUCAUAAACUCCUCUUAUGUGAAUGGAUCUAGGACUUCUGGCAUCGAUUGCAACUCACAGAUCCUUUCACAUGUCAGCAAACCAAAAAACCAGAAAACAUCAGAAGGAAAAAGAAAAGAGCACCCAACAGACAGUGGUGCCUCUUUAGUUCAUUUUGACGAUGUAAAACAAGCAGUAAAAUCCAACCAGUCACUCAAUUUCCAAUGCAGUUUCUCAUCUGAAAAUCAACAGCAGGCGACUUCUCUUGGCAAUAGUGUACGGAUGUCGAAUCUGUUGGUAAAUUCUAAUAAUGGUCUUUCUUCUAAUCAAGUUUUACCAAGCUUGGCAUCAUCUAUUAAUAAGUCUGAAGACAGUGGUAUUCCAUCGAUAUCUCUGAAGGAUAGUUCAUAUGCAUCUGGUAAAAUACAAUCUUUAGAUAGCGCGCAUGAGUGUUCGAUUAAGAAUCCUUCUGUUACAAGGAACACGGAAAUGGACAGGCACCAUCAACGUAGAGUGUCGGGAAAUCCUGACAAAAGCAAGUUCAUGGUUCCAACAGUUGAUACUGAUCCACUUUGUCCUCAGAAGUUUUCUGAUUUUGGCAAUGAAGUCGAAGGACAGAGUGAAUUUGAUGGUGAUAUUGACAUUGCAACUGAGCUCGACUCAUCUAAUAUACAGGAAAGUUCUUGCAUUAGCACAGUUUUGGAUGAAGUCUCAAUUGAUGCAAGUAGUUUUCAACAACUGCAAGAUGUCAUGGAGAAGCUAGAUAUAAGGACGAAAUUGUGCAUAAGGGACAGUCUUUAUCGGCUGGCUAGGAGUGCUGAGCGGAGGCAUCAAUGUGUUGAUCCGUCUAGCAGCGACAAAGAUGACAAAGCUACAAGUGGAGCUUUGCUAUCUGAGGCAACGAACAAAUGCGCAGGGUUUAUGGAUAUGGAAACUGAUACUAAUCCCAUUGAUCGGUCAAUAGCGCACUUGUUGUUCCAUAGGCCAUUGGACCCUUCUGCAAAUCCUUCCACAACAGCUACAUUAGAAAUUUUACCUGCAAAGCUCCACACUGUGGAUCCGGCGCGCAAUCAUAGUUCGUUGAUAGCUGAGAAACCAGCUUGUCAAGAAGAGACUAUUCCAGCUAAUGGUGAAGCUACAAAGCACUGAUUCUGACAAUCGACGUGCGAACAAUUCAUUUACAUUGUCCAUCAUAGAUUCCAUGCUUUAUUCUCUUCUACUGCAACUGGCUUUGGCCCUCGAAGCUUGGCAUGAAGCCCUGCCCUGUAUUUCUUCAUGGUCAGUUAUAUUGACCCUUGUAACUUCUCUCUUGUCUCAUUUCAUGUACGUACUUACAAUACCAGUUUGUAUACUGCUAGAUUUACGGUAGGAUGAGUCGAGUUCAUUUGCCGGUUUUUAGAUAAUAUCUACUGCUUUAUCUACUAACUAUCGCCUUACUACUCACCGUUUAGACCAUUUCUUACUGCUGUAUAAAUCUGCUGUUGUAAAAUUUAUUUUCUAAAUCUGUAGUAGAGUAUUAGCAUCAA